UAGUGUUGCACACGAAGCGGAAGCGGAAGUGGAAGAAUACCAAACCGCUGUCUUUUAUACACACAGAGAACUAGACAGAGUGUAAAAGCCGUAAACACAGGACCAUGACUUUAUCCCCUGUGUAGGGAGUAGUGAGUUAUUAGAGUCUUUGACAGGCAGCGUUUUAGAGGGUCAGUGUCGCUACUGGUAGCAUGAGGCGAUACCUGGACCCUACAGAGGUUGCACAGGCAGUCCAACUCCUCCAGGAUGGCACAUCAAUACGUGCCGUUGCCAGAAGGUUUGCUGUGUCUCCCAGCACAGUCUCCAGAGCAUGGGGGAGAUUCCAGGAGACAGGCAGUUACUCUAGGAGAGCUGGACAGGGCCGUAGAAGGUCCUUAACCCAUCAGCAGGACCGGUAUCUGCUCCUUUGUGCAAGGAGGAACAGGAUGAGCACUGCCAGAGCCCUACAAAAUGACCUCCAGCAGGCCACUGGUGUGAAUGUCUCUGACCAAACAAUCAGAAACAGACUUCAUGAGGGUGGCUUGAGGGCCCGACGUCCUCUAGUGGGCCCUGUGCUCACUGCCCGGCACCGUGGAGCACGAUUGGCAUUUGCCAUUGAACACCAGAAUUGGCAGGUCUGCCACUGGCACCCUGUGCUUUUCACAGAUGAGAGCAGGUUCACCCUGAGCACAUGUGACAGACAUGAAAGAGUCUGGAGAGCAUCGUUCUCUAACAACGUUCAGCAUGACCGGUUUGGUGGUGGGUCAGUGAUGGUCUGGGGAGGCAUAUCCAUGGAGGGACGCACAGACCUCUACAGGCUAGACAAUGGCACCCUGACUGCCAUUAGGUAUCGGGACGAAAUCCUUGGACCCAUUGUCAGACCCUACGCUGGUGCAGUGGGUCCUGGGUUCCUCCUGGUGCACGACAAUGCCCAGCCUCAUGUGGCGAGAGUAUGCAGGCAGUUCCUGGAGGAUGAAGGAAUUGAUACCAUCGAAUGGCCCCCACGCUCGCCUGACCUAAAUCCAAUAGAACACCUCUGGGACAUUAUGCUUCGGUCCAUCCGACGCCGCCAGGUUGCACUUCGGACUGUCCAGGAGCUCAGUGAUGCCCUGGUCCAGAUCUGGGAGGAAAUACCCCAGGACACCAUCCGUGGUCUCAUUAGGAGCAUGCCCCAGCGUUGUCAGGCAUGCGUACAAGCACGUGGGGGCCAUACAGACUACUGAGUACCAUUUUGAGUUGCUGCAAUGAAAUUUCAACAAAAUGGACUAGCCUGCUGCGUCUUUUUUUACACUAAUGAACAUUUUGGGAAAUUCAGUCAUAAAAUUCUUCUAAUCAGGGACAGGAAUGAACAUGUGAAAUAUCACACGCUGAGAAAAACCCUGAUUUUUAGGAAUAUACUGUGUACUAAAGUGUUUCCACUCCACUCAGUGUGGUUUAUGAGGUUUAUAAAGGAAAUUAAAACAGUGCCAGUAGUUAUUCUCCACUCUCAUGGAUUCCCUUGAAGACACCUUCGAGACGCUGUCAAUCUCCAGACGCUUGCAGCCAGAUGAGCCUUCAUACAUCCUGGACUUAACCCUUUCUCCUGCAGACCUCAUCGCCGUGUCCUGCUCCAAUCAUGUUGUUCGCCUGCAUGCCAAAGAGACCCUCAGAGUUCUGGGAGAAUAUCAUGGCCACACAGGGGCUGUGUUCGGGGUUCGAUUUUCUCCAUCCUCGCCCGAUCUGCUCUUCACCGGCUCUUCCGACGGGACGCUGCGAUGCUGGGACGUGCGUCAGCCCGGUUCCUCGGCGGUCCGAGUGUUCAGGAGCGAUCCGGAUCACUCGUACUGUUCGUUCGACGUCAGCUGUAACGGCACGCUGGUGUGCGCCGGAACCGAGCAGCUGGGCGACGACAGCUUUCUGGUUUUCUGGGACUCCCGGACGACAGGAGGUGGAGCCAAACAGGAAGGGCUGCUGGGGGUGUACUCGGAGUCGCACAGUGAUGACAUCACAACCGUGCGCUUCCACACAAAGCAGGCGGAUAGGCUGGCGUCGGGUUCCACAGACGGUCUGGUGAACGUGUUCGAUUUGAGUUUGGGAGAAGAAGACGACGCCCUCGUCACCACGUGCAACUGUGACUCCUCUGCUAGCGCCCUCUGUUGGUCAGGUAAAAAUCAGGACCAGCUGCUGUGUUUGACUCACGACGAAGGCCUCCAUCUGUGGGAUUUGUCUCGGCUGGACAGCGACGACUCCUUCACGCUCUUCAGUUCAUCCGACGCUCGAACCCUCAUCUCUUUACCAGAGGAAACUCCUCUGGACUACUUUGUGGGCGGAACGUGGCUGGAGGAAGCAGAUCGCCUGGUCGUGGUGGGCGGAUCCCACAGUGGAGAGCUCCACCUGCUGGACUGCAGUGGCGGUGAACUGAAGCUGAUGAAGUCACUGAGUGGCGGCCAUUCAUCCACGGUGAGGUGUUUCCAGUGGGACGCGGUGGGCGGGGCCUUGCUGACGGGCGGCGAGGACGGCCAUCUGUUGCAGUGGAGGGCGGGAGCCGAGGAGAUCAGUGUGGGGAAGAAAGACAACUUUAAAAGCGUCUCAUCCAUGCAUCUUAAAGCAAAAUCACACAGGAAGCAGGCACUGAAAAGAGAGAAAAAGCAUACAUUUUAAUUUUCAUCCUUUCUCUGGAACAUUAUAGUUUUAAAAUAUUGAACAUGGACUAUAUUUUAAUAAAACAUUAUAUUGAAAAUGGCUUUUUUUUUUUUACUUUAUAAUCGUUCCAGUGGUGUGUGCAAAAAUCAACUAUUUUUGUCAGCUAUCAAAAACUUGUUGAGGUUUUUAUACUUAUUUAAUCAUACACUAUGUAAACCUUAAUGCUUAGUUUGCUUUGUUUUAUUCAAAUUGUUCUGAUGCUCUAUAUUUUAUUCCAGUGGUAACUCAUGCACA